AUGGCAAAGAAGGCUACCGCCACCGGCCUGUCCAGCUCGCAGCAGAGCUCAGGCACCACGACACCGGCCUCGAUAUCCGCAGGCGCAGCGCCCCUUGCGGCCACUCCUAAGAAGUCCGCUGCAACCGCCUCGACCACCAGUGAUACCGAUGCAAACCGAUGGGAUCAGAUCGCCACGAACUUCUUCGAUGCCUACCAGAAGGACACCCCGCAGCGGACCAAGCUGAUUGACGCCUUCAUGGCCUUCCUGGUCGUCGUCGGAGCUCUUCAGUUCUUGUACUGCGUCUUGGCCGGCAACUACCCGUUCAAUGCAUUCCUGUCAGGCUUUGGAGCUACCGUUGGCCAGUUCGUUCUCACAGCAUCACUCCGAAUCCAGACCGAUGAGGGAAACAAGUCGGAGUUUACAUCCAUCUCGCACGAGCGAGCCUUCGCAGAUUUCAUUGUUGGCAGCUUGAUUCUACACUUCUUCGUUAUCAACUUCAUAAACUAG